ACAUCAAAUUCUUUCGAUAGCCAUUUGUUGAGCUGUCCACUUGCAUUGUCAAGCUCAGACUGUCCGAUCAUCCGCCAGCAGCAGGAGCAGCAGUCAGCAGUCAUGGCAAGGAGUGCAGUAUUCUUCGCUUUCGUCGCAGCCUGUGUUGUGCUCGUCUUGGCCUAUCAGGCUGAGAUCGUGAAUGCCCAAAAUUGCCCAGCUGUGGACGUCACCAAAUUCGCUGCUUGUGUGACCGACGUUCAGAGAAACACUUGUGGCGCCCAGUGCAAAUCAGAUUUGGACCAGUAUGCCAGCUUAAGCGAUGCGUGCAUCUGUAGCUUCGUCGACAAGGCGAAGAGUUUUUACCGGCCGGCGCAAAUCAAGUCUCUGCUACAGAAAUGCUACCCCGGCAGAACACUGCCCUGCCUCUAAACCUCAGGCAUCACGAUGGGAUGCAGCGGUGGAUCGGUAAAUAAAUCGGUGGUAUCAGAGAGACAAUGAACCCAGCUCGGAUUCUUCUCACAGACUGAUCAUGAACCAGCCCAUCGCUCCCACGGGGUGGGCUGGACAGGGACUCGAGGCUUCGGAACUAUCCUAAGUCCUAAAGCUACGUCCUUCAUAGUAGAUGAAGGAGCUGCAAGUUUUCUACUACUUAUUCUCACUGUCCACAUUUCAAAAAUCGAGGCGAUGGUCAGUCACAGCGCAGCCCAUUUGCCUCAGAGACAGUGUGCUACAAAGUAGAAUCGAUUUUACGUAGAGCAGAGGUACCGUAGACAUACUCUGGAAAAUAUUAGAGCUGAAACAAGCUGGGCAGGCCGCGUUGCUUGGCUGUAUUGUAUACUGCAAGCGAUGCUUCGAAGUCUAAGCAAUAAAAUGUCAUCUUACUAUUCUACC